CACGCUUGUCGAAUACACAAUUUCUAUAGUUGAAUAGGCUAUUUAUUGCGGAAGUAAUGGCUUCCUAAAAUUUAAUUGCAGACAUACAUUAUUUAAGUAAUUAAUAAUAUAAACAAACAACAUCUGUUACAUAAAUAAAAGUUCAUGAAUUAGGCCAAGUGUAUAUUGUGAUUAUUUGUAAAAAUCCGGCUUUUCCCCUUUUUCUAUGCUACGCCGCGUCUUGUGAAUUGGAUAAAAAGAAUUUGAUAUUAAAAAUUUGGAAUGUAUUUGAAUUUAUGGGCAUUGGUAUUUUGCAAAAUUUCGAAUGCGAUAUCAGAAUAAUAGAAAAAUUAUGCUUUCAAUGAAUUGUAAAAAUGCCAAUGACAAUGAAUACUUGCUGUAGAUACAGAACAUCAGUCUGAGCGAAUUUGAUAAAGGUUGAAUUGCUUCGUCUAUCAUGAGUAAUGUUCGAAGUAGUCACUCGCUGCUGAACGAAAUGAAGGAAUUGGAAGAGGACGACGGGUCCGAUGGCUCAAUUGACAGUGAGGACGAUGACGAGACCAUCGCAAGAAUACAACGAGCGCAUUUUGCUCAAGCAGCUGCAAUGAACUCUCGGCGGCGUUCAGUCGCUCGUCCUAGACCUAUGAGCCAUAAAAGAAAAAUGGAAGCUGUAAAAAAUUUUCAUGAUUUCACAAAAAAACUGAAGAAAGACACCGGUAUUGCUAUUCGCAGUUUAGUAGGAAACAAUAUUUUAGAGUUAAGUGAUUUCUCAAGUGAGGAUAGUAAGUCUGAAAGUGAUGGGUUGUCUGAAGAGGAGUUUGUCGUGAAUCCUAGUGCUGUACAGGAAUUGGAAGAGGAGAAUGAAAGUUACAUUGACCCCUUUACUGGUGAUCUUGUUCAAACCAGUGCAAAAUCACAACAUGCUCUCCCUCCACAACUGCCAGAAGUUCCAGCAAUACCUGAAACUAGUGUCGAAGCUACUAAACACAUUGAAGCUGAGACAAAUAUUGACCCUGAAUCUACUGAAACUCCUAAGACAUUGUCCAUAAGUGAUAUCAUUAAUGAAGGUGAUUUGGAUCUAACAAAGAAUGUUGAAAUAGCAGAGGUGGAUGAAGCCGAGUUAUGUCCUGAUAAAACUGCAGAGGAACUUUUAGAUAUUAAACAGGAGGAAUGCAGUCAAGAUUUUGACAUUACAGAGAAGCUUAAAGAAAUGGGAGAAAUUAGUGUUAAACCUAUCAAAAAGGAAGAGGAUGGGGACACAACACAAAAAGAAGGUGAAAAUGAAGAAAAGAAAGAUGAUCCUGAUGAUGAGAAAAAGUCACUAAACCCAAAUGCAUUGAAUGUUCGCCGCAAUAUAAGAGAAGUAAUGGAUGAAAAGAAUUUAGAUGCAUCCACUUUGGCAGCUCAGCGACAAGAGUCAGAGCGUCUAGCAAGAGUUCAAGAACAACAAAGGAUUAUAAGAGAGGUACAAAGACAAAUAGCUAUAAACAGACAAAAUAAAAUACACCAAAAAACAUUAUCUCUACUACAAGGAGGCUCAUCAAUAUUAAAGAAAUCUGGACCUGGUCAGAAGUUGAAUUUGCCAAAUACAGUUUUAGUAAAACUACCAUCUGGUGAAGUAAAGAAGACCACAGUGAAACAAGGUCAAGUAGAAGUCACUAAAAUUGUCAAACCUACGACAUCAGGUGCUGCUUUACAGAAGCAUGGAAAACUCAAUCAGAAGAGUGAAAGGAAAGAGGUUGUUGAAAUAGUUGAUAGCAGCAGUGGUGAAGAGUCAUCGUCUUCUUCAUCCGAUUCUGAUGACUGUAUUAUGCUGUCAGAUUCUGAACUUCCACCCAGUCCUGAAGCAGAUGAAGAUCCUAAUAAUUCCGGUCUCCAUGUCAAUGAUAGUUAUAACAUUCCGGAUGAACAAGGCCGUGUGUUGAUUAAUAUUGGUCAUACUGAAAAUGAAGAAGAUAUUUUUGUUGCACCACAAAUUGCCAGAAUUAUUAAACCACAUCAAAUUGGUGGAGUGCGGUUUUUAUUUGAUAAUAUUAUUGAAUCAGUUGAAAGAUUUUCGUCUUCAACCGGUUUUGGUUGUAUAUUAGCACAUUCUAUGGGAUUGGGGAAGACUUUACAAAUUGUGUGCUUCUGUGAUAUUUUUUUACGACAUACAAACUCCAAAACAGUAUUAUGUAUUAUGCCUAUAAAUACAUUACAAAAUUGGGUAGCAGAAUUUAAUAUGUGGCUGCCUUUAGAUGCCACAAACAGUCCUUUAUCAGCUCAUGGUGAAGUAAGACCCAGAAAUUUUCCCAUAUAUGUACUCAAUGACAGUCACAAAACGCUGCAAAUGCGAGCAAAGGUUGUGAAGGAUUGGACCACCACUGGUGGUGUACUAAUGAUAGGUUAUGAGUUAUAUCGGUUACUAAGUAUGAAAAAAGAUAAAAAACCUCGUAAGAAAAAGAAAGCGGAUUUGAAAGCAGAAGCUGAUAAAGAGAAGGAGGAAAAGAAGAACGAUAAACUUGACGGUCUCAAUGAAGACACACAGAAUUCAGAUAUUACAAACCAAUCGAAGGGCUUGGAAGAUUCGAGGGAAGAUGGCGACAGCAAGCUCGAUGGCGAUACUAAAGACGAUAUUAAGAAAGACGAGAAGAAAGAAGACACUCCCUCUGAUGAAGAUAAGAAACUCUUGGAUGAGAUGUAUGAAGCUUUAGUGAAACCAGGGCCUGACCUUGUUAUUUGUGAUGAAGGUCACAGAAUUAAGAAUUCACACUCCAACAUAUCAUAUGCCUUAAAGCAAAUGAGAACUAAACGUAGGGUUGUACUUACCGGGUAUCCGUUACAAAAUAAUUUGCUUGAAUACUGGUGCAUGGUAGAUUUCGUGCGACCAAACUAUCUCGGUAGCAAGACAGAAUUCUGUAAUAUGUUUGAACGGCCCAUUCAAAACGGCCAAUGUAUAGAUUCUACACCGCAAGAUAUACGUCUUAUGCGCUAUAGAGCUCACGUUCUACAUUCGCUACUCGUUGGUUUUGUGCAGAGACGUUCUCACGCAGUGUUACAGUCUACGUUACCGCAAAAGGAAGAGUACGUGCUGUUAGUGCGUAUGACGCCAUUACAAAGAAAGUUAUACGAUAGAUUUAUGAAUGAAGUAGUUCGUUCUACUUCAGUACCAAAUCCUUUAAAGGCAUUUGCUAUUUGUUGUAAGAUUUGGAAUCACCCUGAUGUAUUGUACAACUUUCUGAAGAAGCGAAGUGAAGUUAAUGCAGCUAUUGAAGAGGAUUUAGAUUUGGAGGAAAUAGGUGGAGUCACCAAAGCUGGAAGGGCAAAAGCUAGUAAGGCCAAGCCUGGGAGGCCAGCUAAACCAAGGGGUGCAUCGAAAAAGCCUGCAGCUACCAUACAGCCAAAUACAACGGGUGCUACCGCGAAUAGACCUGAUCCGAAUGCUUUUAAUAAUAGCCAAUAUCCUCCAAAUGGACCGUAUAACCAACCACCUAACACAUAUCGACCCGAUCAACCUGGCGGAUCGUUUCCUCCAUAUCCAAAUUACCAAAAUCCUGGCCCUGGAUAUUACCCACCGAAUCAAGGCUACAACCAAAACUAUGACAAUAAUUACUAUCAACAACAACCACCCUAUGGCAAUAACUACUCAAAUCAAUAUCCUCCAAAUAAUCCAGAACAGGGAUAUAACCAGAACUAUUGGGGUAGCGGCAAUUACUACGGAAACUCUGGGUAUUAUAAUAAUCCGCAAUAUCCCAACAAUCAAACUCCACAAGAUUACAGAGGCAAUCCCCCCUCUGAUUUUAAUAAUCCUCAGCAGUUUCCACCUAACUAUAAUCCCCCACCGCAACAACAUAAUCCAGCGUAUUCUGGUACUCCAAUGGAACCUUACCAAAACAAUCAAGAAGGAUAUGCAAAUCAACAGAGGCCACCUUAUCAAGGGUAUAGUCAACCUGGAUAUCCUGACUACAAUUCAAAUGCACCGCCGGGGCCAUCUUCCCAAGAAUUUCCUAAUCAACCUUAUCCUCCUAAUUAUUCCGCAAAUGCGACUUAUGGCCCUAAUGGUGCGCCGUAUAAUCAAUACGAAAAUCAGCCACCAAAUUAUUCGAACAACAUGCCAGGCUAUCAAAAUAAUAUGCCACCAAAUCAACAUGGUAACAAUAUUGCCGAUCAACCUAUUAAGAAUGAACCGAACACGCAAGCUUACCACAAUAAUGAGGCUAAACCAGAAUCUAGUGUGGGUAUGCCUCAAAAUACAGCAAUAGACUCUUAUUCCAAUUCAGGUUAUGGCUAUCAAGGAAAUUCUACAGCCCCAGGGUUCACGCCUGGUUCGAAUGAGAAUGCUAACGGUACUUUUCCAACUCAAUAUACUAAUUUCCCAUCACAUUUGGAGACAAAGCCACCUCUGGGAAGCGCAAGCUCAGGUAGUCCAGUGACUUCGUGGCCAAUUACAGAAUUAAAAACUGAUAUCGAUAGACUCAAAGCUGAGGAAAAACUUGAGAUGAAGUCGGAAUCAGACGGCGAAGUGAAAAUAGAAGAUUUAGAUACAAAAAAAAUUGUUAAAGAUGAGGUUAAAACCCCAACAAAGCCAGAAAUUCUUGCAUCGAAUGAUACAACGCCUAAGAAAAAGAAAGAUUCAAAAUUAGAAGUAUCUAAAAGCAUUGGUUCUGAUUCUGAAGAAGAAACUCCUAAGAAAGGAAAGCAGAAAAGUAAAGGCAAAGACAAUAAAAAGACAGAUAAAUCCAAACCUAAAAGUCGAACGAAAGCUAAGGGAAGGAAAGACAGAAAAACCUCAAAAGAAAAAAAUAAUGGUGAUUCUGAUUCUGAGGAAAGUGAAAAAGAAGAAAAGAUGAACAGAGAAGAAGAACUAGCUAUGGUGAAGAAAGCAGAAGAAGUAACUUAUGACUGGGCCGCGGAGUUGUUGAAAGACUAUAUACCAGGCUUAAUAGAGAAUUCAGCUAAGAUGGAGUUAUUCUUCUACAUAUUAAAUGAGAGUAUAAAGAUGGGAGACCGCCUAUUGCUUUUCAGUCAGAGUUUAUUUACUUUGAACUUAAUUGAGGAUUUCUUAGAUAGAAAUUACAUUCCUGGCACAAACUGUAGAUGGGAAAGAAACACAAACUACUAUCGUCUUGAUGGUUCUACACAUGCGUUGGAACGUGAGAAAUUAAUCAAUGAGUUUAACGCCAAUCCGCACGUUUAUCUUUUCUUGGUUUCCACCAGGGCUGGAUCUUUGGGUAUCAAUCUCGUGGGUGCCAAUAGAGUAAUCGUUUUCGACGCCAGUUGGAACCCUUGCCACGAUACGCAAGCCGUAUGCAGAGUCUACAGGUAUGGUCAAAAGAAGCCCUGUUUCGUUUAUCGUUUCGUAAUGGAUUGGUGUCUCGAAAAGAAGAUCUACGACCGUCAGAUCAACAAACAGGGCAUGGCUGAUCGUGUGGUCGACGAAUGCAAUCCGGAUGCUGUUCUUUCCAUGAAAGAAAUCACCAACCUUUGUUUUGACAAUGAUGAAAAAGAAUCAGAACCAAAAGAUUUGACUGAGUACAAAGAUAAAUACCUUGAUAUCCUGAUGCAAGGUAUUAUUACGCAACAUUGGAAAUCAUUGAGCAAGGAACCCUUCCAACACGAAUCCUUAUUGGUGGACAGGAAAGAGAAGAAAUUGUCUAGUGCAGAAAAACGACUUGCACAGAGAGGGUAUGAGCUCGAAAAGAAGGCAGCGCUUGCACCCAAGCCGACGACCGCGUACCGUACCGUGCGCACUGCGGACGGGAGCCUAGUGCAGAGGCCCGUCGCUUCUGUGCGGCCGAUGCAGCACGGUGCACGCUGGAUCCCCGCCGACGUGUGGCGGCGGCAAGGCAUGUCCGCGCAGGAGAUGACGCUGCCCCUCGAUGUCGUUAUUCCAACAAACUCUGCGGAGAAAACCAACAUCGUGUUAAAGGCUGGCCAACGCGUUAUGGUGUUGAAAUCCCCGAAAGGAAUCUACAUGCAGCUGGAGUCAGGAAAAAUCAUUGCUAUAAAAACCUCGUUCAAAGGAUUAGGCCAGAAACCUGGCGACAAUAAGGACAGCCCCAUAGGAAAGAAAGUUCUAGGCGGCCGGCCGUCUGCAUCUAAUAUUCCGGGUUCUCUAAAGAAUAACUCUGCUAUUACAAUCACUUCUAAAACAGGGCAAAGACCAACAGCAUAUCAGAGAGUUCUCUCACGGCCUCCCAUGAUGAACAAAAUGAGGCCAGUAAUGCCUGGUCAGAAGAUUGCAGACAUUAGAAGUAGAUUGAAUGAGUUGAGAUCGUAUUCAGGCAUGCGGCCUAGAUCACCGAUUCCUCCAGGCAGAUUAAUGAGACCCAACCUUCCGGGAUCAGUCAGUAUAACCAAAAUAACUAAAGACACUAAGAAGUCGGAUAAUGAGAACAGUGAUAACAGCACGGCUAAUAGAAUGGAAGUCGAUUCCGAGGACGACACACAAGUAUUGGACAGUGAUGAUGACGAAACUAGAAUUAGCAAGCAAGAUAACUCGCUGUCCCCAAGUAGUAGAUCGCAAGACGAUGGAAACAUCGAAAGUCGCGAGCAAUCGUCGUCUUCCACGAGCCAGGAACAAAAUAAAGAGCAAAAGUCUAACACACCGUCAGAACCACUCGUUUUGACUACCGAUGAGACAUUACCUUCAGAGGAAGCCUUAGAGAAUAAGACCAAUCAGGAGUUAUCGUCUGAAAUAAAGAUAUUGCAGCAAAAAGCGAAAAGAACAAAAAAUGUACGACAAAGCCAAAAGCAGAAUGCCCCUAAUGUAAAAGCGCAGUCUUUACCAAUGGAGAGGCUGAUGCCUAAAGUUGAACCACAGCCGAUGCAAAAGGAGCAGCAAACGCCGUUUAUGGACCACAAAUUGGCCCAAAUAGAACAACAAAUGCCCCAAAUGGAACAGCAGAUGCCCCAACCGGAACAUGACAUUCACGUGAAUGAACCAGUCGAAAGAAAAAUUAAUUUGCUAAAGAAUUAUCGACACCAGCGGCAAGGGAAUCGGCCCCCGACUGAAUCUAGCUUAUUACAGCUAGAAAGAACGGCCAGUGUUUUAAACAAAGAGGGUUUGCCCGAUUUCCGUAGAAACUUGGAUGACAUAACGCAAUCGUAUUCCCCAACUAAUGAGGAAAAGCCCGCAACCAAAUCGAGGAAGAAAAAGAAUCCUACGAAAGUGGAGGUCGCAGAAUCUCAAAGUAGUGAAAGACAGCCUGCCAGUAUGGGCAUGUCUCACAGUGUGUCUAGUCUACUGGGAUCUACCACGAAUAACGUACAAAGGGCGAGGAAGGGUGAGCAAAAUAUGGCCCCGGUUGCGCCUAUGGAAAAUCCGGUGGUCGGAACGCAAAGAUUGACGAGUCGACCUCCUAUGGGAAUACCUCCUGAAGGUGUGAUUGGUGGAACGCCUUAUCCACAAGGAGUUCCAACAAAACCUCAAGGGGUUCCACACCCUAUGCCGGGCAUGUUCCAUGGGGAUUUGGAUAAAAGUGGUCCUCCUGCAAUGCCUCAUCCACAAGGCGCUUUGCCUCCUGGUCAACAAUUCCCUGCUCCUAAUCCACCUCCGGAAGGACCUUAUGGUCAGUAUCCAGGUUACGGGAUGGGAUAUGGGGCGUAUCCGAAUCCCGCAUAUUAUGGGGGUUACGGACCCGGGUAUUAUCCUUACGGGCCGUCCGCCGCAUCUCCGUACGCCGCACCCGCGCCCGCGCCCGCUGCCGCUCCUGCCCCCGCCCCCGCUCAUGCCCCAAAUCCAGAGGGCUAUUUACCACCCAACCCUCAGUGGUAAACUCUCGUGGAACACUCAAACAUUAGUGUAAUAUCGAUGGCGUACAUAGCAUAUUCGAUUAGCGGUAAAUACUCGAGUGAAUGUUCCUUUGAAGUGCGCAACCGAAGUGAAUAGCAUUAGCUUGUUAUGUUCGCGUAGUAUGGCUUUAAUUUGCGUGACGACGGGUACGAAAGCUGGUUGUCUUGUUUUUUCUUCUCCGAAUGUACCUUUGUACCAAUACUCCUUUGUUCGUGUUGAUACGUAAUGCAGAUCAGCUAUUAAAAGUGACGAAUUGAAAUGUUUGUAUAUCCUAAAUAAAUGUUUGAAAUGUGUAAUAAAUGCGUAUAAAUGAAGAUUUGUCUAUGUUAACUCUUUUAUACUUAGCCCGUUUGUUACUCGUCAGAAAUGUAGGUCACUGAAGUUUUUAUAUUAAUUAAUAUGCAUUUCCCAAAUUAAUGAUAACUUUUCCGAUAUAUCGGAACUGAAACAUAAUUUCGCUCAGUUUAAUGGUUAUAAAGAACGUUUGUAAUUCUUGUGAUAGGAAUAUUCAUGGAAAUCAAUUAAUUUAUUACAAGUAAAUGUCCUGACUUCCACAUUUAGAAAUCCAAAUAAAUUAAACAUAACUUCACAACUGUAAAUGAUAUUAUGUGUAAAGAAGUCGUCCCAAUACUAUCGCUAUGGGUUGAUCAUUGGAUGUGAUACAUUGCAAAUUUAGUUUUAAGUCGAAUAUAGCUUGUAUGGAGUAUUUAUCAAAAUAAUAUUAGAUUAGAUAGGAGCCCAUAGGUAUUUUAGACUGUAGUUCUCAUGUAACCAUUUGACAGACCAGUGAUAUGUGUUGAUUUACAUGGUAGGCAUGUUUGCGAGUACUGAAUGUAUAGAUUUAUUUAUCUAUGAUUUUUAAUACUAAUUAUUGAAAAUGAUCUGAGUGUGAACAUGUUUUGUAUAAUACCAACUUUUGAUCGCCUAAUUUGGUGUGUUGUCAGAUUGAAUAAUUUUAGCAGGCGUUUUCGUAGACAAGGGUGACGUGAACAUGAUAUGUUAUUUUAGAUUAUAUACAUACAUAGUAUGAUUCAGAACUUUAAAGCUUUUAAAUUUUAAGCAUAAGGAAAAGGUAGUUCUAAAUGAAAUCAUACUUAAGUAGUCUCUAUUUACAAACUUAAAACGUAAAAUAUUUACCGUUUUUCUUGUCUAUGACAACGUGUGCUAAGCCGGGUUAGCUGAGCAUUUUAUGCUUUUAUUUUAGUCAAGACCAUGGUUGUAUGCGGGACAUAGUCCUAUAACUCCCUAUUUAUCCUAUCCGAGUUUAUGAAAACAUUUAAUGUGAAAUUUAUUAAAAUAUAGGUCAAAUUUUAGAUUUUACAUAAAAUUGAUCUUCUAACUUAUUUGCUUAGCAGUAUUAUUUUUUGCUAAUGUUUACGACAUUUGGAGGAAAAGCAUAUGAAGUUGAUCAAAUUUACAAAAAAAAAAAACAAAAUGGCAUCAGAUUUUUUUUUCAAAGACACGGUAAUAUAUCGACCCUUGCAAAGAAAACAUUGUAACUCAGUUUUAAUAACUUUGCAAGAUGCAUGAGUAUGAAAAAGACAAUAAAUCUUGUCGAAUUCGUUUGAGUGGAUUUUUCUAGUAAUAAUUUUCUUUAGAUUUACAGAUACUUAAAUUAGAGAAAAAAAUCUAAGGAAAAGAUUGUUUUUCGUUUUACAAAAUUGUUAUAAAUAUACGCGCGUAUUUUAUGGUACGGCAUUUAGAUGCGGUAAUAAAUACAAAUAGCAAGCAUUUUUUGCCAAGUAAGAAUACGUGUACCAUAAACUGAGUUAAGAUGUUUUCUGUUGCAGAUGUCGAAAUGAUUUCAUUAAAUGUAGUAACAUUAACUAUACCAGAGUUGUGUUUUAUAGACAUUUACUCAAAUAAGAAUCGACAAAAUAUGGAUCAGAUUAAAAUAAUUAUUUUGAUUUACUGUAUAAGAUAGCUAUCACAUUGACGACCAUUUUGUAUAUUUUUCAUUGUUAUCAUUUUCAUAUGGGAAAUUGAAUAAUUAUAUAUCGUAUAAUUUGCCUAUAUUAAUUUUUGCUUUAAUGAAUUUGUGCAGACAGUAUCAAAACAAGUAGGUACAUAAUUAUUUUAUGUAAGUUAUAUCCACUGGUUAAUUCACGGAUAUUUUCAUUAAAAAUACACAAACGGUAGUAAUUAAAUACUAUAGUUGAGAUUUUCCUCACCACAGCUUCUUAAUGGGCUUAAUACGUUCGGGAUCCUUUAAUUUAAUAUACCACUACCUUUUCAAAAAUCGAUGCAAUCAAACUGUUUAAUUUCUCAAACUGAUUCAACCUUUUAAAAUUAAUUUCAAAAUUUUGACAUCAGUAGUUUUAAGCAGGAGAGGCUCAUUUACAAAAUAUUCAUGAUAUAUAACUACACGGAAUUAAGGGCUAAAGUAGGUAAAUCUCCCGGCAAACUUCUUGAGCAACGACCAUAGACAUCGAAGCCUGCGCAGUAGCAAUUUCACAUACAAAAACUUCUUCUGCGUAAGUUUAUAUGUCUAUGGUUUUACUCAAGAAGUUUGCCGCUACCUAUACUGAUACAAAUAAACUAAAAGUAACCCUUAAUAAUACUAGUGAUGUAUUAAAAUCAGGAUUUCUAUGAACUUUAAACCGAUACAGUACCCUUAGCACGAACCAAUAUCGAAUUCGAAUAGUUUGCGAGUGCGAAAUUUUAAUGUCAAAUUUUGUAUGGAAACUUUAACAGUAGCGCCACAGCGGAUGAAGUGAGGACUAAAAGUCAGUACACAUUUGACUUAUAAAAUAGAUCGAAUUCAACUAUUCGAAUGUGAUUUUGGUUCGUGGUAGGGCCACAGAAGUCCGUCUAAUUAAUAAUGCUAUGCCGCCUCUUGACAUGGCUAUUCGUAUUUGGUAUGUCAUUUUGUCAGCUCGUUGUCCUUAUCAUAUUUUAGAGGUGAAAAGAACAAUCUCGUUGUCACGUUUACAAAGCAAAUACGAAUAACCCUUUGAAGUGCCGGCAUUAAAGUGAGAUAUUCGCCAUACGAAUCGUAGUAUGCUGUGCAUCUGCAUAAAUUUUCUGCGGUAGUCAAUAGUUUAAGGUGUCUUUAUCUUUUGAUAUUUAUUUAGAUGUUAAAAAGAUACAACUUCUUUUUAUAUUAUUUUUAUUACCCGCUUUUUAUACUUAAUGUUUAAGUUGACAGUACUUUGAUUUGUGUGUUCCCCUUCCUAUUAAUAAUAUAAAUUAAUGGGAAUGUUUAUCCGCGUUUGAAAAGUAUGAGUUGAAAAAAGCUCUUUAUUAAAUAAAUUAUUGAAAAAUGUGUGACUCUGGAAGUAACUUUUGAGAUUGUCUGUACAAAUCUUUUCAUUCUUUAUUAUUUGAUGGUUUCUUGUGAUAUUUUUUUUCACUUUAUAUCAUAAAAUACAAGAAUCUGUAUUUUUUAUUAUAUUUAUUCUAAAAAUACCUAUUCAUUGUGACAACUACCAAUCUCUGUGAGUUUGGUUAAAGUACUUAUAAAUUAAUUUGUAAAAAUAAACGGUAUCCAAAGUAUACCUUGCCACACUAGACAAAAAAUUGAAAUAUGAACUGUCUUUGAAAUAAUUAACUUUUUUUAUUAAGGUUCGCAUAAUAUGUUGUCAUGUGUACAAAAUAUUUCGGCAUUGCUGUUCGAAGUGAUAAAUUGAAUAUUGCAUUUUAAAAUUGCCGGAUAGUAAGUACCUACUAUACCGGCGAUAUACAAUAAAGAAGUAAAUUAAUGGUAAUAUUUGUGAUUUUAAUACGAUUCCACUCAUUCAAAUUAUACAGAAUCCGAAUAAUUAGUAAUCUUUCGAAUUUAUAGCUAUCAAAAUAAAAAUGUUGUUACCAAUCAGUGUAGCUACUUGACCUUGGGUCGAUGAUAGAGAAAGAAAUUUUUACUCAACAGGUAUAAAACAGGCCAUUGUGAAAACUUGAUCAAUUGAGAUGAUUCGAGACGCAUGACGCCAAAGUUAUGUACAGUCGGCAUUAGAAUUAUUAUAAGUAAUAAAUUAUUUUGAAACAUACGCAAUUACUAUAUCUAAUAUAUAAAA